AGGAGUCGGACUGGGGACUGUCAGCCAGGGAAAGCCCCGGGGCGUUCCCCCGCUGCGCCCCCAGACCCCCGCCGCGACCGUCCUGGGAGGCGCCAGACCAUGGGGGCUCCGUGCCGCGGGCCGCCAGCCUCCCCCGGGUCCCGGCUCGUCCUGCUGCUGGUGCUGCUCCGGGAGCUGACCGCGGUCCGCGCCUCCCUGUGGCUCUUGGACCACCCGACGCCCGAAUGCUCCCAGCCGGGGCUGAACUGCACCAUCGAGAAUAGUACCUGCCUGGAUGACAGCUGGAUCCGCCCUCAAAAUCUGACCCCUUCGUCCCCCAAGGACGUCCAGACCCAGCUGCAUUUUAUUCACACCCAGCAUGGAGACCUCCUCCCUGUGGUUCACAUCAACUGGACCCUGAAGACAGAUGCCAGCAUCCUGUUCCUGAGGGGUGCAGAGGUGUCUAUCCUGCAGCAGGACACCAACGAGCUCUUAUGUGUCAAGUUCAAGUUUCUGUCCAAACUGGAGCAUCGGUUUGGUCAGCGGUGGCAUUUUAACUUCAGCCACUUUGUGGUGGAACCUGGCCAGCAGUAUGAGGUGACCGUCCACCACCUACCCCAGCCUGCCCCUGGCGGGGACCCAAACCAUGUGUCCCGGAGCUUCCUCGUGCCUGGCUGCAGGGACCCCCGGAUGAAGAUAACCACGCCGUGUGUGAACUCAGGCAGCCUGUGGGAUCCCGACAUCGCCGUGGAGACUGGAGAGGCCCGGCAGCUGCGGGUGAGCUUCACCCUCUGGGAGGAACCCACCCGCUACCAGGUCCUGCUGAGCAGCUUCCCAGACAAGGAGCCCGAAAGCUGCUUCACACAAAUCCUGCAGGUGCCCGAGCCCGCCCCAGGGGAUUUCCACCGGAGGACCAACGUCACACUCGGCCUGUCGAGCUUCAGUGGAUGCUGUCGCCAUCAGGUCCAGAUCCAGCCCUUCUUCAGCAGCUGUCUGAAUGACUGCCUCAGACACUCCAGGACCGUCCCCUGUCCAGACAGCCGGAACCCUCCAGAUUUAGCAGAGUAUGUCCCCCUGUGGGUGUACGGACUCAUCAUGGCCGUCGCCGUCCUGAUGGUGGCCUCCGUCAUCCUGCUGAUCCUCUGCAUGACCUGGCGGCUGACAGCCGCACGUCGUGAAAAGCAUGAUGAUGACAGCAAGAACACAGCUGCGCUGCCCGAAGACGCCCUGACGCCCCCACCCCUGAAGCCGAGGAAGGUCUGGAUUGUCUACUCUGCCGACCACCCGCUCUACGUGGACGUGGUGCUGAAGUUCGCCCAGUUCCUGCUGACCGUCUGCGGCACGGAAGUGGCGCUGGACCUGCUGGAGGAGCAGGUCAUCUCUGAGGUGGGGGUCAUGACCUGGGUGAGCCGCCAGAAGCAGGAGAUGGUAGCGGGGGACUCCAAGAUCCUCAUCCUGUGCUCCCGAGGCACCCGUGCCAAGUGGCAGGCCCUCCUGGGCUGGGAGGCCCCUGCCCUGCAGCUCCGCUGUGACCACGGGAAGCCCGCGGGCGACCUUUUCACGGCGGCCAUGAACGUCAUCCUGCCGGACUUCAAGAGGCCAGCCUGCUUCGGCACCUACAUUGUCUGCUACUUCAGUGACAUCAGCAGCGAGGGUGACAUCCCCGACCUCUUCCACAUCACCUCCCGGUACCCGCUCAUGGACAAAUUUGAGGAGAUUUACUUCCGGAUCCAGGACCUGGAGAUGUUUGAGCCUGGCCGGAUGCACCGUGUCGGGGAGCUCACAGGUGAGAAAUACCUGCAGAGCCCGAGCGGCUGGCAGCUCAAGGUGGCCGUGGAGAGAUUUCGCCAGUGGCAGACUCGGUGCCCCGACUGGUUUGAGCGUGAGAACCUCUGCUCGGUGGAUGACCAGGACCUCCCGUCGCUGGACGGAGAGGUGUUUGAGCCUCUACUGGCCCCGGGGGGCGGCAUCCUCAGGCAGGAGCCCCUGGUGCGGGAACCUGCCUCGGAGGACUGUCUGCGGGUGAAUCUGAGGGUCAGCGAGGAAGGAAAAGGGAUGUCAAAGCUGGACCCUCAACUUGCGCCCCAGGGGGUGUCAGCCCCCGGGGCCCUCCAAACCGCCGUGUUCCCAGAAGAGGCGGCCCCUCCAGCUCAGGCCGUGAAGCCCAUCCCUGGUGCUGCGGGGGACGGUGCUUGGCUGGCCGUGGUGGAGCCAAGCGAGGCCUGUCCGCGGCUGGAAGGCAGCGGCCCGCGGCGGAACACUGUCCUCUUCCUCCCCGAGGCCUCGCGGGAGCCACCCAGCUGCAGCACCCCAACGGCCUCGUCCGGCUUCCUGGAUGGCUGCGGGGGGCAGCUGGAAGGCUUGAUGCUCUCCCUGUUCCAGCAGAGUCUGAGCUGCCAGGCCCAGGAAGGGUGGGGGAGGCCGGGGGUGGGCCUCACAGACCUGCAUGCCCCCCUCGAUGAAGAGCAGUCCGACCAGGGCUAUAUCUCUAGGAGCUCCCCGCAGCCCCCCGACGGGCUUACAGAGGUGGGGGGCGAGGAAGAAGAGCAGGACCUGGUGCGGUCCACCGAGCCACUGUCCCCUGAGGACCUGCAGCGUCUGCGGAGUCUCCAACACCAGCUCUUCUUCCAAGACCUCUGGAAGAACUCUGGCUGGAACAGUGUGGAACUGGACAGGCCGGACUCGUCGGGCCUCCCCGGCCCUGAGCACUGAGCCCUGAAGGGGCGCGCGUGUGUGUGUGUGUGUGUGUGUGUGCGCGCGUGCACUCUUGGGUGUGUGAGCGCUCUUGGGUGCAGGUGCGUGAAAUGCACCUUCAGAUGUAAAUAUUUGGUUCUGACCACAGGCAUCCUCCUCGCCUUUUGUUGCUUUCGCACUGUGGCCAUCUGCCCGCACAAGAAUCCGCAGCCCAUUCCGGGCAGCCCACUCCCCGAGACAAGGGCGGAGGGUCCUGGAGUCUCCAGCAACCCGCCACCCGCCCCCCCUGUGUUGCCCUACUCCGUGUGGGCAUCUGGGACACACAGGUGAAUUACACCUGGCUUGGCUCUGACCGGCUUGGGCCUUACCCUCCAGUGUGGGCAGCGGGUUAGCAAGCAGAGGGUGGCCACGUGAAGGUAUAAGGGCUGACUGAGGCCGGCCCAGGCCUCGGAAAACAGAAAGGGCAGGGGAAGUUUCCUGGAGGAAGAGACAUAUGAGCUGAAGGAGAAACUAGUCUUCUGGGCCAAGAGAUGGUGUCUGGAGAAGGUGGAAGGCCCUGAAAGGGAAGCAGGAGUGGGGAAGGGCCGGGAGGUGAGUCCGCCAGCAAGCUGCACCUGGAGUGGAAGAGGGAGGUGAGGGAGAGGGAAGGGAGGGGCCAGAGCCUAGGCCGGGAGCCUCGGGCUGCUGGCAGCUGACACCUCUGCUUGAGGGGGUGGGGGUUGCCUCAGCGGGAGGAGUUUUUGCCUUUUAGAGGAGGAGCCCUAGGCCAGAUGCACCCAGAAGCGGACCUAGAGCCUCUUAAGAAGGACAGAGGGCAGUCGGCAGGGAGGACUUCUGGAAGCCUGAGCUCUGUGCUGGCAGCAGGCCUGGGAGUGCUCCAGCCAGGCCGCCUGGCUGGGCCUCACGGCCUGCAGCCCCUGGGCUCCCCGCUCCCCGUGACAGUGAGAGGAGAGAGCUCAGAGGGCCUGGGGGGGCGUGAGGGUGGGCUGAAGCCCCGUGUCAGCUGAUUUUGCAGUGCCCCCUGGGGGACUGCCAUUCUCCGCUGGGGCUUCCUGAGCCCUUAGACCUGGGCGUUCUGCACUGUCUACACUGUAGCCCCGAGCCUCAGCGCGGAGGGGAGGGUCGACACCGCUGGGCGCCAGACACCACGCUGGGUGUGGUGCGAGCCAUCCAUACGCACCAAAGCGAUUUUCAGUAAACGUGUCCACCCUGGUAAGAACGUCGCCUUGUGGUGUGAGGCGCGUUUCACUGUAAGGCAUGAGAAUGUCGCCAUCGGGUUGCAGGGACACCAGGCCUGCGUCCCAGGCCACCCAGGACCCAUACCCAGCCCGGCAGGGAGAGGACCAGGUGGGGAGACGUGCUCUAGCUUGGAUGUCUGCGUCCCCGGGAAACUCCUACGUGGAGACCUGGGCUUAGGUGCUGGUAUUCCCAGGUGGAGCUUCGUGGUGAGGGCGGGCCCCAGAGACCCCCACCCUCCUUCCCUGGGAGCCGGUCCUUUGAGAGUGGGCCCUCACCGGACGCUGAAUCUGUGCGUGCCUUGAUCUUGGGCUUCCCACUCUCCAGAGUUGAGAAGUCAGUUUCUUUGUUCAUAAACCUUCCAGCAGCCCAAACAGGCCAAGACAGAGGAGGAACUGAGUCCUCCCAGUCACCAGCUCCGUGGGCCGGGGUCCUUGGCUCGCUGCAGAGACGUACGGAGCUUUCUGUGAUGUCUUCCAAGCCCCCACAGCCCUUACUAAAUGCCCAGAGCGUGGAAUCCGGGGUGGCCUCUCCCCCUGCUGGAGCUGGGGAUACUUGCGGUGACCCUGGCCAGUGUCAUCUCUCCACAGCACGCUUUCCAUGUUGAUUGCAGGCCCCACAGCCUUGAGCUCUGGUCUUGCCGGCCAGCAGCCAUACCAACAAGUGUCCACACCUGGCUGCGUCCACUCUGCCCCUUUAUCUCCAGUGCAGCCGCUUUCCCCCUCUAACAGCUUUAUUGAGAGAUAAUUCAUGUAGCGUACAAUUUACAACUGACCCCUACACGCCAGUGGCUUUCGUUCAGAGUUCAGCAACAUCAAGUUUACAACAUUUUUGCACGCCCCAAAAAGAAAUCCAGCACCCCGAAUCACAUCCGUGAGACCCUUGAGCCCCCCGUUCCUCGGAGAGCCGUCUAUUGUGCACAUGGCACAAAUGGAAUCAUACAGCACCCCAGGGGCUCCCCACCCCGUUCUUUCUUGUCAUCCCCUGGCUCUCCUGUGUUCCCUCUCCCUUCUCGACCCCCCACCCCCCUCUGUUCUUUGCUCUUUGAAAUUCUGGUCAAUCUGUUGUGACAAAUGUGAAAGUUCGAGGCCCGUGUAAAGAAAGCCAUGCCUUGUUUUUUUGGAACACUGACCCCCAGCUAGCUGAACCCUGCAUCUCCCAGAAGAGCCCCUCCAAGCCAGGACCCCCCACCUCCCGGGUCCCCAUCCUGAGUAGACUUUGACGCAGGAGGCACAGACAGGCAGAGGGACAAUAUGUGACCAGGGAGGUGUCCAGGGCCGCCUGCACCCCCCCACUCCGUGCAAGCCCCCAUGUGGAGUUCGGGGCUCCGCCUGCUGUCCUGUCCUAGUCCAGAGAGGAAGGAGGGAGGCGGUGGCCUGGACCGUGCCACUUGGACUCUGACCCUGCGGCGGGAUCUCGUUUCUGCUUGGGAAGGUCCCCAGAGGGGUCUGGCUUUGAAGGGGGCUUUGCUGGGUGACUUAAACAGCCGGCAGCUACCACCUGGGAAUACCAGCACCUAAGCCCAGGUC